UUUAUAGAUUUGCACGACUUUACAACUGCCUGAAGUUGACCAAACGAUAGAACCAGAACUGUAGAAUAUCCGCAAUGUCGUCUGCAAAAUCGGAGUGGAAGAAGACUUGGCAGGGAGCUCUGAGCGCGCGAUCCUGGCAGAGGUUCGAGUUGGAGGGUCAGAAUUUUCUCCUGAAGACACAUGUGGACCACAGGGAGGGGUACGAGUUUCUCCUGACCGAUCUCACCUCUAUGUGGUACGAGAAAAUGGACAUAGAUCAGGUCAAGAAGCGAUGCAAGACCCUGAACCCACGUUUUGAAGCCCCCCUCCCCACCAUCCUGAGACUUCUGCAAGACAACACCGAGACCAAGAAGGAUUCCACGGACUAUACCAUUCAGCACAAGGGGGAGGGGAUGGUCUUGGUACUGGAGACCAAAGUUGGUGGGAUCCGCUUCACGUGGGAGUUCCACUGUCAGCAAGCGCAGAAGGAGAUGCUGCGAGACCAGCUGCUGGAACCCCUGAUGACCAUGGUAGGUGAGCUGGGCAGGCGGGAGCACAGACUGGGGCAGCUGCUCAAGGCUAAGGACAGGGAAAUCGAGGACUACAAGAUGGGCGGGGCCACCGUCUCCAGAAAAAAUCUACAGACAGAACGGUUUGAUCCAACAACAUUCCGCAAAGAGCAGCUGGUUUGUAAGGAAUUUGAUGAGCAGGUGGGGCAGGGUUGGCAGGAAGCCUUCAGCAGGGAGAACCAGGAGCUGUACAGGGAAGUGAUGCUGACCCAGGCAUGGUUCAACAGGGAGGAGGAGGAGGACGAGGAAGUGUCGGAUGAGGACUCAAGUCUUCUUGGCGGUAUGACUUCCCAUCAUGCAGCAGGAGCCACCAAGGGGUCACCAUCCCGUGUCGAUGAGCAGAGGUCACCGAGUGUGUCGCCUAGGAAACGACCUGCGGGGUCACCGCUGAAGGCAGGGGGGGCAGUUUCAACACCUGAAAAAUCACAGAAGGAUGUAGAACUGAUGAGACGAGAGGCCCUACAGAAAAGACUACAGGAGGAGGCACAGAGGAAACAGGCCAAGAAGAAAAAGAAAGGAGCUCUUUUCUAGGUAGCAAAAUUAUUACAAUAAUUGUUUUUGAAAAAACACACAAGUUCGGUUCUACCUAUUCUCGUUCUAUGCACUUCACAUGUAAUUGUUGAUUUAAGAAACUUGAAAAUGAACUCCUUAAGACACACUUUGAAAGAUUAACAGAUUUAAGAUAUAUUUGUGAAAAAUUCAAUUCAGCGAUGCUUAGUAGUACAGACUCCAUCAAACUCCCCAGAAGAACUCUCAAUUUAAAAGAAAUACUGUUCAGAAAUGGCUGGACAGGUUCUUCUUUGGAAACCAGAUGAGAGUCAAAGGCAUGGUUGUCCUUCUAAGACACCUGAGAGGAUAACUGAAGAAGAUGCAGGACUUCAGGAUGAUGAACUCCGCUCUGUCACGAUGGACAGGAACUUCUGGAGAUCGUGUUGUCACCUCUCUGAGGCUGAAAUGAACUGAACUGUCUGGGCUCUGAUGACCUAACAGUGCAUGCAGUUGUGGUAUGAUAUCAACUGAUUAAAAUAUCAUUGGUAGUUGAAAUACUGCACAAAAGAUGCCUGAUAAGUAAUGAAGUAAGAAAUUUAGAGUGAUAUGAUUAGAUUGCACAUCAUUAGAAACCCAAUGACAUUCUUAUAAAUGUUAUGCCUUCAUGAAAAUAAAACAAGGAAAUCAACCAAGGUCGCAAGCAUGGAAAUCUGUUUCCAUAAGGAUAGUUAACAUUUUCACCAUAAUUAGAAUGAGAGGCUCCAAAGGAAUUAGUAUGUCAACCAAAGUGUUGCCACUGGCACAUCUUGUUUAGCAUCUUGUUUAGCAUGGCUGCUGAUGAAAGAAAGCUUCAUAAGUUCUACCAUCAUCACAAAUGAAUAUCUUUUGCCUUGCAGCAUACACUCUUUCAAACUCCUUAUAAGCCAUUCAUUUUCAACAUACUGUUCUUUGGUACUUGCUUUUCUUCCUUUAAAAACAUUAUAGAGUGCAAGCAGCAAGCAAUGUCGCUCACUCACUCACGCGCACACACACACUAUCUUGUUUGUUGUCUGAUCAUUCCCAGUCAAACGAGGGUCAGACAAGAUUGCCCAUUCCAAGAAUAGAAUAGAAUUUGAGUACAAGAAUUAAAUGGUUUGGGAAUGUAUUCUGCCUUGUUGAAGACAUCAUUUGCCACAUUAAUGGUAUUUCUGUUUUCAAUUUCAAGUGACACAUGCACAUUGAUAGGCUAUUUUAUAUGCAUAGACUUUGACACCUUCUUCUUACGAUGAUUACUUAUGAGUAAAAACUGGAACAGUUGUGCUAUGUAAUUAUCAGAGGGCCAGAGUGUCCCCAGAAUACCCCUAGAUAACUGAUGUCUCCAAUUAGUGGUCUGACCAAAAAUUAGUUUUUCCAUUUCAUAGAUUAAAUGGAAUAGAUUUAUUUCAGCAAUAAAGAAUUUAUGUGUCGAUGUAA